UAUCAGACUUUUAAAUUUUUUUGUCAGCUUAGAGGAUUUAAAAAAAUUUCUGUUUUCGCGAAAUUGCUUAUACAUUUAAUCUCUUCAAUUCUACUGCACAUCUCAACUCGCUAUCAACAAUAACAAAAUAUUAAAUCGCAAAAAUGUUGAAAAAAUUUGUGAACCUACAGUCGGAUGUCAGUCCAUCGAAGAAUCCAUAUGAAGUACGCACCUACAUGGGUGACAGCCCGAACUCACCCGACUGGAAGAUUGAAAUGUGCGAAAAAGUGCGUAAAUGUGAUCGACCAGAAACUUCGACCAUUUCCAAAGUGAUAACCAUCGAAGAUGAAUUACGACGUCUCAAUCAAAAAGUGAAAGAGUCACGCUUUCAACGUGAAAUCAAAAAGAAAUGCUCCAAAACCGAUGAUUAUCUGCUGUGCACAAACCCACAGCGUACGCCAAGCGAAUUGAAGGAACAUUCUAUAAUGCGCGAACGCUUUCUACGCGUGGCUUAUGAUUUGACGCGUCGCGUACAUGAUGGUUCUGAAAUGCCCUUAAAGGCGCCUAGUCAUAUUGAGCUCGUUAGUCCGGUGCCGAGUCAAGCGGAGAGUGAAGGCGAGGAAGAAGAUGAGGAGGGGGAGAAGUCGGUAAAACCACAAAUGGCGAGCCCAUCCUGCAGUUUGGAUGUAAUUUAUAAGCCCUCAGCGAAGAUGCUUGAAUUGAAACGUCCUAAGAGUGGUAUGUUUCAUAAUCAAACUGAGCGGCCACUCCCACCGUUGGAUGAAGAUGAUAUACCAUACAGCAACUAUAAUCCACGUAUUUUACAACAAAAGUUUGACGAACAAAAUCUAGAUAGAGUUGACUUGAUACAAGGACGUGACCCGAACGAUUUAUGGACAUGGAAUAUUGGUUUACAGCAACAUGAAAGUCAAUUGGAUCGCGCUUUUCUCGAUGCUUCAGUGCCGAAGUUCGAUUGCAGACGUCUAGAGCUGACCACAUUUAAAAUACCCAAUGACUUGGACAAGACUUUCACCGCUGAAAUCGUUUUUGGAACCUUAGCAAUACAACCAGAUGACAAGCCGAAACCAAAAUUUAGUUACUUCAAUCGUCCGAAAGAGAUCGCUUGUAUGUUUGCCGCUUAUGUUGAAAGUUUUCGUUUCAAUCCUGACUUUUGGACGUCCGAGACUUUGGAUGGCAUAUUGACGACUGGGGAGAAACUUUUAAAGAAGAGCACUAAUCUCAAUUAUAAAUCUGAAGAUAAUGAUUUCGACAUAAUACCACAAAUUGUGGAGAAACAAGCGGAAAUUGGUUUUAAGCUCCACUUCACUGGGCCAAUCGACUCCGAGCCGAACAUAUACAAAGUACUUUCAUUGUAUUUCUUGAAAUAUAAUGCCGCUGUGUUAGUCGCUAAGGGUAUAUACAUGUUGAUAUGGAAACGUUGCACCAACACAUUCUACAUUUUCGAUCCCUAUGGACGCGAUGAAUUGUGUCAGCGUGACUUCAGCAAUGGCAGUUGCUCACUAAUGUCCGUCACUUUCGUGGAACACUUGGUGCAUUUGAUAAUCAGCUUCAGCAAAGCCUAUGUUAAAAGUGAGAUGAGUUUAUAUGAGAUUUCCAUAAAAAAUUUCGGUAAAAUAAGCAGCCCCAUAGCCGGUAAACCGUUUCCGAAGCGCACACAUCGUCUUUGGGCGGUGGUGAAUGGUACAUAUGCGAUCAUACCGGCGGCUAAUAAUGGUAUCCAACAGCCGAUAACGGGUAACGAACAGAAUGGCUCAAUAGUCAUUUCCCUCUUGGCGCUAUUAUAUUCCAAUAUUGAGCGCGCGUCGACGUGGCGUAUGGAAAUCAUUGAUGAGCUGAUCAAAUUCGGUCAAGCAUUUUAUAAGACCUUCUUGAAACGAUUGAAACUGAAGAAGAAACAACAUAUGAAUAUUGUGGAUAUACCGGAUGUGAUUAUGCUUGGUGCAUUUCGUGCAACAAUGAAAAAACAUCCCUUUCUUUAUACGGGUCAUGUGACGAAUUGCAAGUCAUAUCUCGAAUCACAAUUGACAUCGGUUGUGCGCGAUCUCUUUGCGAGUAAUUACGACGCGGCGCUCUUGCAAAUCGAUAAUUCCGUUAUAGCGAUAUGGCGUGAUAUGGAGUACUACUAUUUGUUUGAUCCAUUUCGACGUGGCAAAGCUGGACAAGUGUUGGACCCAGAAGAUUAUCUUACCAAAGGUGUGGCCUGUUUACAAAUGCACUCAAAUUUCGAAUCGUUUUGUAGAAUACUCUAUCAGAAAGCGCUUAAAAUGCGACGCGGUGGUAAAUUUUUCGUGCACGGCAUUAGCAUCGGUUGUAUACGUCCGAUGUUGUCGGCGGCGAAUAUGAAAAAUAAAUAUCCACGCUUACAAAUUACCUAUCCUAAGCUUGCCACUAAAGAUCUUGAGAAACGCCAAUCUAAGAAGGGCAAAGGCAAGAAGAAGCUUGGACGUGCGUACAGUAUCGAAACGAUACCGGAUGAGGAUCGUAUACCCGAGUUUGAGGAUGCCGACGUUGUUAACACAUUAUUGGAGGAAAUUAUAUGCGAGAUUAUUGAAAAUAUGAUUGAACCCACACCGAGUCGCUUGCAAUUAUACAAACAAGCUGAUAAGGUGCUGUUACGUUCCGAUAAAGAAUAUUUACAGGGCUUACGCUAUAAGUUAUUGCAUGGCGAAGAUUAUGACAAUGUCUAUGCCGAGUUCCAGAAACAACCUUCACCACCGCCACGUCCACUGAAACUGAAGGAGGAGUUGAAGAUACGCACAAACUUCGAGCUGUUGCCCGACGGCUCGUGGGUUGUGAUGGGUCAAUCGUAUAUACCGCAAGAGGAGACCGAAGUGAGCAAAUUAAAUGGUCUGCUCUCAACUUUGGUGGCCACGGCACUGAGUUCGAAGUACAAUAUCUCCACAUGGAAUAAAGAGUUGGUCGAUUUUGCAGUGGAGUCAUCCAAUAGCUUUGGCGAAGAGUUCUCCAACUAUGAAGCGACUUUGAGUGCAUUCCUUUCGAAGAGUAUGCCGAAAAUAAAUAUUGGCAAGAAUAUUUACCUGUUACAUUUAGAGCGUGUCAUACAAAGUUCCAUUACGCGCUCGCUGCGUCAAAUGCUGCUCGAGAGUUUUAUAACCUAUAAUCGCUUGAUUGUCAUAUGUCAGAUGUUCUCAUGUCUAAUUGUAAAACGCUAUAAUUUCCUCUAUAUGUUUAUCGGUUUUCCAUGCACACCUGUCGGCUAUCGUAAGUUCGGCUCUGGUCCGGGUUGUCUUCUACGUUUCGUUGAAUGGGACUCGCUAAUAAGACGCAUAGAGUUUGGUUGCAACCCGCAAGGUUGUGAGAUCACCAAUUAUGUUGCGGUCGCUAUAAGGGUUUUGGACAUGACAAAUAUACCGCCUGAACGCUAUAGGCAAUGGCCACCAGAAGUUGAGGAGUCCGUCUAUGCGGCUGAGAGCGAUCGUAAGCAGAAGUUGGAUCGUUUGCGUAUGGAUAAGAUACGUUUCCUCGAUCGUGAGCUGCGUAAGGAGAAUGAACGUAUACAGCCCUUCUUGGAGGAGAAGGAGGAGAAGAUAGCCGCUCGUGCGCAGAAACGGACCAAAGGAAAAGGUAAAAAGAAAGUCAAUAUGAAUCGUUCAGCCGAACCUACCGACUUAGAAGAGGAGUUCGAUGAGGAUGAAAUGGAGGAGAUGGAAGAUUAUGAAGAGGAAGAAGUAGAGUUGAAGCAUAAGCCAGGCAAACGCUUACAACGCGAACUCGAUACCAGUUUCAAGCCACAUAAAAUCCUCUACGGCUAUCGUAUGCGCGAGAAGGACUGUAACUUCAAGAUACAGGGUACCACCGCAUUGGAAGGACGUUCCGAGGCUUUGGUCGAUAAAAUCAAGCCUUGCUUCUUUGCCAGCACAUUGGCGGUGUUGUACACAAUAUUGCGUCCGCUCAAUCAGUGGUCGGCACAACGUGUGGAUCGUGUGAUCGAAAGUGGCAAAACGAUUGCCAGUCGUGUGACGAAUAUGACUUCGGCGUUCGAACGAUUUAUCAAGAAUGUCACUGUGGACGAUUACAAAUUCGAUGUCUGGGUUAAGACACACGAACCAGCCGGCAUGGCAGGCGCUAAUGUAUCACGUAAGAUUGCCAAAUCGAUGCAAACACGCAAGUAUAUGUUGCUUCAAGUAUCAAAUACGACAUUCGCCAUUUUCCACGAUGAGUAUUAUCACCUUUUCGAUCCCUAUCCAUCUAUGGAGAAAUCGCAAGGCGGCGAAGAAGAGGAAGAAGAAGACGAUGAUGGCGAUUAUGUUGAAAAGCAGGGACCACGCAAGGGUAAAUGUAAGAAAGGUGUGAAGCGUUAUGGUGAACGUAACACUGCUUCGUGGGUACUCUUCGCCGAUAUCGAGUCACUACUAAAAUAUGUCGAUAAACGUGCUGCGAAUGCUUCAUGGCAAAUGGCCGGUGAGUAUGCACUACAUGUGAUUGAUGUGAUAUCGUACAGAAAAGCGGGACCCAUGACGCGCAUAUUGCAAUUGCUCACCGAUUUGUCGGUGCCGAUCGAAUGCAAGACGACGCAGCAUGGCGAAGACGAGGCAGUUAUGUGUGCACACCCCGAGACUAUGGCUUGGUUGGAUUUGGAGAAUUGUUUGCCGGUAUGGAGUCGCAUGAAUCGUCGCAAUACUGCGGGUCGCUAUCGCAAUUUACCGGUCACCAAGCUCAAGCGCUUCGAUAUCGAGAUCGAUGGACGUUUGUGGUCACUGUGGGGUAAUUUACAUCCCGAAGCGCCAGUAUUUGGUAGCGCCUCGCGUGGCAAACAAUAUCUGGCAUGUAAUGUUAUGGCUUGUUGCGCUGCCAAGGUUUAUCGUUUGACAGAUUGGAGUCCACACUUGCUCGACACGAUUGUGAUCAAUGGCGAUCGUUAUCAUCGCGAGAGCUUGGAGAACAUCAAACUAUCGGAUUAUGAAUUCUCACUAGAGGACUUGAAUUUGGAUUGUACUCUGGAGAAUAUCAAAUUUGUGGUACAUUUGGAGCAUGUUGCUUUCGGCAAACUCUACAAUCCGGGCACACGCACCACAAUGAACUUGGCCGACGCACUAAUGUAUUUCUUCACUCACUUCCAAUUCGGUGUGUUGCAGUGCUACAAACACUCUUUGGCCAUUGGUCGCACUAUGGGCUUUGAUGGCGGUUUCUUUAUGUUCGAUUGUCAGAGCAAAGAUCAUCCGCUGUUCCCGAAAGGACAAGGCGCUUCGUAUCUCUUGCGUACGAAACACUUGCAGGUUCUGCUCUACUGUAUUGUAGUGACCCUUAAUGUGCCCUACUACAAUGUAAGCUUCACUUUGCACGAAGUGGAAAUGCUGCGUGAGGGUGCCUCGCUGGAGGAAGAGGGAGAGGAGGAGCAGGUUGAAAAUAAUUAAAUUGGCAAAUGAACGCAUUUUCAAAUUAUGAAAAAUUUACUAAGUGUUUUGGCUAUCAAAUUAUCGUAAUUAUGUGAACUAUAAAUAAAUAAAUAGAUUUGGUAACACAAUA